AUGGCAGACUUCCCAUCCAAGGUUACCACAGAGACCGGCCCCCCCAACUCCCAGAGCUCUCAGCAGGGGGGCAACAGCCUCCGAGGGCUGACUGCUAACGUCACCACUAUGAUGGAUCUGUCCUUUAUCCGAAGCAUUACGGCCAUCCUCAUGAUAGCUGAAAUAGUUCUGGGUCUGCUCCAGUGGGCGUUGAUAACCAGCGCCCCCUAUACAUUGCUGCCAGCGUAUGGCUGGGUGAUGUUUGUGGCCGUCACUUUGUGGAUCCUCACCACCAUCCUCUUCUUCAUGAUCCUCUUCGGCGCCCAGCGAAAACUCGCCGCUGUACCCUGGCCCCUGACGGUGAUGGCGUAUAAUGGCGGGGCCACAGUCCUCUAUCUGACCGCCUUCCUGGCAAACGCAGCGUCAGUGCGGCCCUUCUACCACAACUAUUUCUACGGACAUAUGGCAGCCGCUGCUUUCUUUGGUGCCUUGGUGACCGUGGCGUACGGUGCCAGUGCUUUCUUCUCCUAUUUGGACUGGAGGGGAGAUGGAGGAAACGCCGCCACCAGUACAGUGCCAACCUAGGCCUCAAACCUGUGAAGCUGAUCCUGGAAAAAGACUCCUCAUGUUUUCUUUCCUUCAAGAUAAUUCAGUUAUUUGGAUUGUCCAGUGUUGAUACUCAACUCUCAACAGUGUCACAUGACUGCUGACUCUGGUAACCCAAACCCUGACCUUAACUUAACCCCAGGAUUCCCAAUAACAUAUCUAUAGUUACUUUUAAUUCAAACACCCUGGACCUUUACCUUCACAUUAUGCUAAUAGUAGGUGUAUCAGUACUGGGUUAGCCACAUAAAAUGUUUGUCUCUACAACACAAUAUUACUUUUAAGGGGCUCUGGGGGACUGCACUAAGGCCCCAAAUUCAGGCCUUCCUAAAAUAAUACACUGAAUAAUACUAUUGUAAAUCAACAAAUAAAUUCUUGGUAAUACCAGGGGCAUUGUUUAUAUGGAAUUAGUGGGCUUCAUACGUGCAUUAUGAAUAAUUAUAUCAUGAUAUUCAGAGCAUAACGUAGUUACUAACACCUCCAGCUUGUAUUUAAAAUACACAUAAGAUGCCUCACUGCACUUAAAACAAUAGUUCAACAUUUCAGGAAAUUACCAAAACUCACUUUCUUGCCAUGAGUUAGACAGAUCGAUACCACUCUGAUGUCUGUUAAAACAACAAUGGAACUACUGGCAGCAGCUGAUUUGCUUAGCUCAGCAUGAAGACACAAGGGGAAACAGCUAAGCUGUCUCUUUCCAAAGACAAAAAAUCCCCUCGAAAGCUCACAAAUUAACACGUUAGUACAAAAAAACGUUGCUGUGUGGCAGACUAAGAAUAUUUCUUAGCCAGUGUAAGUGCAGUUAUUUGUCUUACUCUGACACUCUAACAAAUCCUAAUAAUAAAAAAUUGCUAAAUAUAUAAAUGUUUUAUAACAAUUUUGAUGACAUUAGUUUGAAAUAUUCUAAACUGCUCCAAAGUUGUGUCCAUGAUACAUCAUUGCCGCAAACAGCACAUUCGCACCAUGAAGUGUAAAAUGUUUCCGACCCUGUGUGAAUGAGGGG